UUCUUCAUAGCCACUGAACUAUGAGAAAAAGAAGUCCUAUACCCUCAACAUAGAAGGAGCCAAUACACACCUGGAUUUUCGCUUUUCCCACCUGGGUCCUUUUAAAGAUGCAACCAUGCUGAAGAUCAUCGUUGGGGAUGUAGAUGAACCACCACUAUUUUCCAUGCCUUCUUAUGUUAUGGAAGUCUAUGAAAAUGCGAAGAUCGGGACCAUCAUUGGCACAGUUUUAGCACAAGAUCCUGACAGUGCUAACAGUUUAGUAAGGUACUUCAUCAAUUACAAGGCUGAAUAUGACAGAUUUUUCAACAUUGAUGCCAAUACUGGAACCAUUAAGACAUCAAAGGUUCUUGACAGAGAAGAAACUCCAUGGUACAACAUCACAGUUGCUGCUUCAGAAAAUGACAAUCCUGAUUUGCUGAGCCAUGUCACAGUGGGUAUUAGAGUUCUGGAUGUCAAUGACAAUCCACCCGAACUUGCCAGGGAAUAUGAUAUUGGUGUCUGUGAGAAUUCUAAGCCGGGCCAGGUUAUUCAUACCAUCAGUGCCACAGAUAAAGAUGAUUUUGCCAAUGGACCAAGGUUUAACUUCUUUCUCGAUGAACACCUAUCUAUCAACCCAAACUUCACCCUUAAGGACAAUGAAGAUAACACAGCCAGCAUUCUGACAAGGCGGAGGAGAUUUAGUCGAACUAUUCAGGAUGUGUAUUAUCUACCCAUUAUGAUCUCUGAUGGUGGAAUCCCCUCUCUCAGCAGCAGCAGCACCCUCACCAUCAGGGUUUGUGCAUGCGAGAGAGAUGGGCGCGUGCGGACCUGUCAUGCAGAAGCCUUCUUGUCCUCGGCUGGUUUGAGUACAGGAGCCCUAAUCGCUAUCCUUCUCUGUGUUGUCAUUCUCCUGGCAAUUGUAGUACUUUUUAUCACCUUGAGGCGCAGCAAAAAAGAGCCAUUGAUCAUUUCAGAAGAGGAUGUGCGAGAGAAUGUGGUCACCUAUGAUGAUGAGGGAGGUGGGGAGGAAGACACUGAGGCCUUUGACAUCACCGCAUUAAGGAACCCUUCUGCAGCUGAGGAGCUCAAGUACCGGAGGGACAUCCGACCUGAAGUGAAGCUCACUCCCAGGCACCAGACACUGUCCACCCUGGAAAGUAUAGAUGUUCAGGAGUUCAUAAAGCAAAGACUGGCAGAAGCAGACCUAGAUCCCAGUGUUCCUCCAUAUGAUUCUCUUCAGACUUAUGCCUAUGAGGGUCAGAGAUCAGAAGCUGGAUCUAUCAGCUCACUGGAUUCAGCAACGACACAAUCAGACCAGGAUUAUCAGUACCUUGGAGACUGGGGGCCUGAGUUUAAAAAGUUAGCUGAACUCUAUGGAGAAAUAGAUUCUGAAAGAACAACUUAGGGGGCCAAUUCUUAAAACCUUGUGGAAUCUGCUUCCUCAGCAAGUGGAGACAUAACCUCAGCAAUGACAAAGCAUAACCAUGGAAACAGUACUUGAACUGAGCAAGCUGUACACAGCUCCUGUAGAAACAAGUGCCCUUUCUACAAUCCAAACUGGGUUAUUUAAUUGGAAGAAAGCAAAA